ACCCGGGGGCGGAUGGGGGGAGGGUCCCGUCCCGCAGCAGCGCUGAAGGAGCGGGGCAUGGCCGCGCCGGGCCCGGAGUGGGCGCUGGUGCCGCUGCGGCAGGUGGUGUCAUGGGGCGCGGCGGGGGCGAUGGUGUUCGGCGGCGUGGUGCCCUACAUCCCGCAGUACCGCCACAUUCGCCGCUCCCAGAACGCCGAGGGAUUCUCCACCUACGUCUGCCUCGUGCUGCUGGUGGCCAACAUUUUGCGGAUACUGUUCUGGUUUGGAAGACGUUUUGAAUCCCCUCUUUUGUGGCAAAGCAUUAUCAUGAUCUUUACAAUGUUACUGAUGCUGAAACUGUGCACUGAAGUACGUGUGUCCAACGAGCUCAACAUAAAACGCCGCUCUUUUGCAGCUGCAGAUAGUAAGGAUGAAGAAAUCAAAGCACCUCCCAAGAGAUCCUAUCUGGAUUUUGACUUGAACUAUUUUUGGCAUUGGAGCAAGUUUACAGACUACGUGCAAUGUGUACUGACCUUCACUGGCGUGACUGGUUACAUCACUUACCUCUGGCUUGGACUCAUCUCUCUUUGUGGAAGCACUGGCUUCCUUGCAGUGUUCACCGAAGCGAUAGGUGUUCCUCAGCUCUACCAUAACUACCAAAACAGAUCUACAGAAGAAUGAGGUAUGGUUGUCAAGAUGGUGCUGAUGUGGACCAGUGGGGACACGUUCAAGACUGUUUACUUCAUCUUGAAUCAGGCACCUUUCCAGUUCUCCAUUUGUGGACUCCUGCAGGUUUUUGUGGACAUUGCUAUCCUGUUGCAGGUUUACUUGUACAGCUACUACCCUCAAAAGCCUGUGUCCCACACUGUACACCCAGCCAGCACCAAGGCCCUGUGAGGCACUUAACU